ACUUCCUCGUCAAAUCUGAUGAUGUGGCAAGGCAAUUCUUCUGCCCUGAGCUAGCCGGAGACUCAUUAAUUCCCGUUGCCUGCAGACCUGCUAGGAUCCCACCGAGUCUCUGAGAGGAUGGACAGGACAUCGGUGAGGAUGUUGGUCUGGGCCUUCCUCCUUCUGAUCCUGGGAGAUCUCACCUGGGCUGUAGAUCCCCCAAACUAUUGCUACGGGGCACCGGGUCUCCCCGGAGUCCCAGGACCACCGGGGAAAGAUGGCCGAGAUGGAAACAGGGGACCAAAAGGAGAACCAGGUCCUCCAGCCGCCCCUGGAAGCCACGGACCCAAGGGAGAGGCAGGUUCUCCAGGUCUUCCUGGUUUGCCAGGUAAAAGUGGACCCCGGGGUGCCUCCGGAAGCAUAGGAGACGUCGGUCCCAAAGGCGAACGAGGGGAAUCCGGUGACCCCGGCGGUCACAAGCUCAUGUACCAAUCCGCCUUCACCGUCAAGCGCCAGACCCACGAGCAUCCGGUGAAGAACGCUCCCGUGGUCUUCCACGGUAACGUCACCAAUACCUACCACGAUUACGACACGACCACGGGCAAAUUCACCUGCCGUAUCCCCGGCAUCUACUACUUCGUCUUCCAUACUUCCUUGACGUCCAACCUUUGCGUCAACCUGUACCGCAAUCGGGAACGGAUGGCCAGUUUCUGCGACCACCUCUCCAACCCCAAGCAAGUCAGCUCCGGCGGCGUCUUGCUUCAGCUGCAAGCCGGCCACCAGGUUUGGUUGGCGGUCAACGAUUACAACGGGAUGGUCGGCGUGGCCGGAGCCGACAGCGUCUUCUCCGGCUUCCUGCUGUUUCCGGAUUAAUCUUCUCCAGAAGUUUGGCUCUCGAGUGUGUCUUCUUCUGGAUCUCCCCUAGCUUUCCUGUCAUUCCAGGUUUCUCCUGCCGUCUUCCUUCCCGCUGAUUUAAAAAAAAUAAAUAAAGAAUUUGUAAUGGCGAUGAAAAAAAACCACACAA